AUGCUCAACAGGUGGGCAAUGGCUUUUCAGAACAGUCAUUUCUCCUUGUCAUACGAUCGACCGUCGAUCACGAUGGUCAGUCAGCCGGAAAUUCCUUAUGAUCCCAAAUCGAUGCCUGGUCAUCGAUCGUAUUUUGAGACGCUUUGCCGGCUAGUUUCUGUCAUUCUGGAAAUGCUGCGCAUGCGAAUGUAUCCGCAUCAUGCUCAACUGCGAUACCAUGAGAUUAGAGAGUAUAAGCAGCGAUUCGGACGGAUCAUUGCCGAAGGUGCCCCGCAUUUACGCUCUCCCGACCAUUGCGCCACUCUGGCGGAUCAUAUCGAGCGGACAGAGUUGCGUCUACACUCGUCGUACUAUCUCUCCGUUAUUUGUCGCGUUUCGUUAGACCCGGAUGCACAUCUGGACGACGAGCGGCGGGCAAUAAUUCGCGAGGAUUGUCUGACGAGCCUGAUGAACACAAUCGACGCAUUUGUCGAGCUACAUUCAUUCAACCCGUACUGUUCCCGGACUUGGAUCAGCCUGCAGCGCACAAUCGCGUCUGCCUUUCUGCUGGUUGCACAUCUCGAGGACCGAUAUCGCGCUCGAGCGUGUAACCUCAUUCGGAGGCUUGAACUUGUCCUGACGGAUCAUGUGUACGCCGGAGGGCAAGAGGAUCAAAACAGCCAGUCAGAGUCUGCAAAACAUCUUGCCUCGUCACUCCGUGCCCUCCGGCAAAUCGGCGCUGCAUUGAGUGCUAAGGAACCCGAAGGAUUGGGCGCGGGCUCCGAACCCACCAACACGGUUUCCAGCAUCACCGCUCCGAUGCUGAUUCCUGUGUCCUCGCCGUCGGUCACUCUCGGCACCACAGGAGCUCAGUUCUCUGAAAAUGUUCCUGGGCCGCAGGAGAAGAGCAUGCGUACCAUCCUCGACAGCGUAUCCGACGUGAUGUUAUUUCCCAGUAUGGGCAUGGGAACAAAUUUAUGA